AUGGUCCGCGAUCGUCGUCACCAGACAUCGCAGUGGCAAAGGACUCUGCACUCCAUCACCGAGCCCCUCUGGGAGAAUUGUCGACCGUCCGCGGGCAGCGUCGUCUUGGGUAUCAGUGCAUGCAGUAGGGAGAGACAGUGGCAGAGGGCACUGUCUAUCUUGGAGGUUCCGGAAGCAGCCGGUGCGAAUGUGAGGAUCGUGAGUGCUAGUAUUAGCGCUUGCGAGAGAGGCGGAAGAUGGGAGUUGGCACUUUCACUGCUCACAUCAGCCGGUUGCGUUGCGAACACCAUCAGCUUCAAUGCGGCGAUCGCCGCAUGCAAUAGGGGGGUCGGACAGUGGCUGCGAUCCCUCGAAAUAGCUUCGGAGAUUUGCACCAGAAGUCUCGUGGCAGACGUCAUCACGUAUAAUGCGUGCAUCACUGCAUGCGCCUCAGGGAAAGCAUGGUCCUUGGCUUUGCAGAUGCUUUGGGGGAUGUCGGCAGUCAAACUUCAAGCCAAUGUGGUCACUUGCAAUGCUAGCAUCAGUGCAUGUGCGGGGGUGGGGUGGGGAUGGUCACUGGAGCUGCUGGCCAGUAUGCAGGGAGCGCAUGUGAAGGCGGAUGUUAUCAGCUUCAGUACUACCAUCAGCAUCUGUGAGAAGCAAAGCCAGUGGCAGGUUGCAGGGCAGCUUUUCACAGAGAUGCUGGGAAGAGACAUACGAGCUGACGCCGUCGUUUUCAGCAGCUGUAUCAGUGCACACGUGCGUGGUGAGCAGUGGUCUUUGGCGCUAGAUCUCUUGGGCCAGAUGCGGCGAUGUAGAGUGCGCGCGGAUGUCGUCGCCCUGAGUGCAGGCAUCACCGCUUAUGGUAAGGGUGGGCACUGGCAGGCAGCCAUUGAUCUGCUGUUGAGCUUCGGAGGUCAUGUCGAUGUGGUGUGCUACAAUGUCGUUUUAGGAGCUUGUGACAGAGCCGGGCAGUGGGAAGUCGCAUUGCAGCUGCUUCGGACGAUGCCCAGAGCCAGAGUGCAGGCGGACGUGAAGAGUUUCGGCUCUUCCAUCAGCGCCUGCAAAACGUUCGCAUGGCAGGUGGCUCUGCAGAUUCUGUCGAUGAUGGCUUUGGCGACUGUUGUGGCGAGUAGAAUCGCUCACAACGCUUGUAUCAGUGCAUGUGCUGCUGCGGGAAGGUGGCAAAUCGCAGGGGCACUGCUGGAGGAGAUGUUGGUACUUAGGCUUGGUGUAGAUGGAAUCAGCUUCAAUGCCCUCAUCCAUGCGUGCCAGCAAAGCGGCAGAUGGGCCCUGGCCUUGCACAUCCUUUUCGACGUCUUCGCAAGUGCUGCUGUAUCUCCGGAUGUGAUCAGCCUGAAUGCCGCCAUCGGGGCAUGCAGCCAAAGUGGGCAGUGGCAGAGAGCGGUAUGGCUUCUAUGGGAGCUCCCAACCGAUCCUCUGCAGAGGGAUAGCAUGAGUUUCAGCGCCGGCAUCACUGCCUGCGACCUCGCCGGUCGUUGGGAGAUGGGUGUUCUGCUCUUCUCCCUGAUGACCUGCGAAAGAAUUUUGCCGGACGUCCUGGCCUUCAACGCCGUUACUGUUCUGAGCUCCGUUGCACGCGUUGGGCAGUGGGAGCCAGUGCUCAUGUUGCUUCAGGACAUAUCUCUUCAGCGAGUGGAGAUGCGUUCUGUGGAAGUCACCCCGGACGCCUUCAGCCGCAGCGCCGCCAUCAGCGCUUGCGCCGCGGGUGGUCGCUGGGAAAUUGCUCUCAAAGAGUGGAAAUCUGUUCUUAUGUCUGGUUGCUUUUCUAUGGCUCCUGCACUAGAGGCCUUCUCGGCAGCGAUGUCCGCGCUUCAACGAGCGGGGCUCUGGCAGCGGGUCCUCGAGCUGCUCGCGGAUCUGCCCAGCAGGAACCUGGAGGCAGAUUCGAUCAGCUUCAAUGUGGCCAUCAGUGCCUGCGAGGGCGCAGGGAUGUGGCAGGGGGCAUUGGAGCUGCUCUCGAAGAUGUCUCGCGCUGAGCUGCAGCGAAAUGAGAUCACCUGGAAUGCGGCCGUGCGUGCGUUGCAGCAAGGUACGCAAUGGCAGCUGGCACUGGACCUCUUGGCCCAGGCUACGCCUAAGGGGAAGAAAGGCGUGGCAGAUGCAGAAGAGAUUGGUGCAGCGGGCAAACUUCGAUUCUGGGAGAACGGGCUCCAUUUGCUGUCUGCGAUGCCGCCUCGCAUUGUUCGACCUGAUGUUGUCAGCUAUGGCAGCGGUGUCAGUUGCUGCGAGAGGGCCGGAUGUUGGGCGAAGGCUGUACAGCUGCUUGCGGCGAUGUCUUCUGCAGAUGUGUUGCCAAACGCCGUCUGCUUCAACACUUGCAUCACGGCCUGUUGCAGAGGCGGCCGGUGGCAGACGGGACUCAAUCUCUUCUUCCAGAUGCAUCCAGCAGAAGUUUCGCCAACCGUCUUCAGCUACACUGCAGGACUGGGCACCCUUGAAGAAGCUGGUGGGUGGGGGAUGGCACUUCAGCUUCUUUCAGACAUGCCGAGCUCAAGAGUCGAGCUUAGCACAAUCAGUUUCAAUGCGGGCAUCAGUGCCUGCGAGAAAGAGAGCUGGAGAUGUUCCGCCUCCCUGCUUUCAAGGAUGCAGGAGGCGGCGGUCUCUGCAUCCACGAUCAGUUUUAAUUCAGUGGUUUCAGCUUUGCAGCGGCAUGAGGAAUCUGGAAGCAGAUGGCAGAUGGCUGUGCAUGUGUUUUCUAAGCUGCAUACUGGUCGGCUUGCAGCUAGCGCUGUCAGCUACAAUUCUACGAUCAGUGUCUGUGAGAAAGACGGCAGUUGGCAAGUGGCCCUGGAGCUGUUGGCCGGCAUGCCGUCUGCAGCCGUGCUGCCAGACGUCAUCACUUUCACUUCCUGCAUCAGCGCCUGUCAGAAAGGCGGUCUGUGGGAGUUGGCUUUGCAGCUUUUGGCCACGAUGGAGGGGGCCACGGUGUGCCCGGAUGUUUUCACAUUCAGUGCUGCGAUCAGUGCUUGUGAAAGUGGCGGCGAAUGGCAGGCAGCAAUGCAGCUAUUGUCACGACUCCUCCAAAGCAGAGAGCGAGCCGAUGUGGUGUGCUGCAGCGCUGUGGCGAGUGCCUGCGAGAAGGGCUCCCAGUGGCAGAUGGCCUUCCAACUGCUUCGGGACCUCCCACUUGCCGCAGUCAGGGCCAACGGAAUCACCUACAAUUCGGUGCUCAGUGCGCUGGAAAAGCAUGGAAAGUGGCAGCUGGCCUCGUGCUUGCUCUCAGAGAUGUCGAUGUUGGGCGUAGAGAGGACAUCCAUCAGCUUCAACGCCGGUGUCAGCGCUUGUGAGAAGGGCGGAGCAUGGCAAAAAGCAUUGCAGCUCCUCUUGGAGCUGUCGUUCACACGACUGAGAGUUAGCGCUGUGAGUAUCGCUGCUGGGAUGAGCGCUUCCGUGCAGAAGUCGCAGUGGCCUGUGGCGCUGCGUUUGUUCUUCGACAUGCUCCAGGACAGCAUAGCUGCCGACACUGUCGUCUACGAGUUGGCUGUUCUCGCCUGUGCAGACGGAGGGAAGAGAACGAAGAUCUGCAACAAGGCCAUCCGCAGCUCUGGCAAGGAACGCUGGAGCUGUGGGCUUGACUUCCUGCGGAUGAUGCCUCCCGGCAGGCUAAGACCAGAUGUGAUCAGCUACAGCUCUGCUAUGACGGUCUGCGAGAAAGCCAGUCGCUGGCAGAAGGCAGUGCUGCAGCUUUCGAGCAUGUCAGCCCGUGGACUUGAGCCUAACAUCGUUACCUACAGUUCUGCAAUCACCGCCUACGAGAGAGCUGAGAAGUGGCGGGCAGCCCACCACUUUCUCGUGUCGUUGCCCAUGACCGACGUUCGUGCCAAUGUCGUCAGCUUCAACGCGGCCCUCAGUGCCUUCGAGGUGGGUGCGGAGUGGCAGAAGGCUCUACUACUUCUGCACCGGAUGCCGAAUGUGCGCAUGGCUAUGGAUGUGAUAAGCAUUGGCUCGGCUAUCAGUGCAUGUGACUCGGGCGAGUCUUGGGAGAUGGCCUCUCAGCUGCUUUCAGGCAUGGCGCAGGCACAUCUGACACCCAAUGCGAUCAGUUGUAAUGUGGCCAUCAGCGCCUGUGGGAAAGGAGGACAAUGGGAGCAGGCGCUGGAGGUGCUGUCCUGCCUGCAGGAGGCUAAGCUUGCCGAUGUGGUGGGCUUCAAUGCCACCAUCAGUGCCUGCGAAAGAUCGGGUAGCUGGGAGGAGGCCCUUCAGGUUUUGCUUGAGAUGCCAGAAGCUCGUGUUGAUCCAGAUGUUAUAAGCUAUAACUCUGCCAUCAGCGCUCUGGAGCACGGAUCGCAACACCACGUGGCAUUAGAGAUUCUCACGCAGAUGCCUUCGGCAAGUGUCCUUCCAGAUGUCAUCAGUUACAAUGCCACGAUCGAUGCCUGCGCAGGCAGCGGAGACUGGCAGCAGGUGUUGGAGCUGAUUCGAGACAUGUCCGAGGGAAGCGUUCCGGCAGACGUUAUCACCUUCAAUGCAGCUUUGAGUGCCGUUGAGAAGGGAGGGCCAUGGUCGAUGGCUCUGCAGUUCUUUUCAGACAUGGCUGCGGCGCGAGUUUCAAAGAACGUGAUCAGCUUUAACUCCUGUAUCAGUGCCUGUGACAAAGGGGGCCAGUGGCAACUGGCCUUUGAGCUGAUGUCGCAGAUGCAGGCGGCACGGGUCAGAGCAGACGUCAUCAGCUACAGCUCCGUGAUCAGCUGCUGCGAGGCGUCGGGUCUUUGGCGGUCUGGUCUCCGACUUCUUUCCGAGAUGUUGCAGAAGAAGGUCGGCGCAAACCGAAUCAGCUUCAAUGCAGCUGCAAGUGCCUGUGAGAAAGCUUCGCGAUGGCAGAUGUCCAUCAAGCUGCUCUCAGGCAUGCGGGAGACGGUCAUCACACCGAAUGCUGUUAGCUUCUGCACCGCCAUCAGCGCUUGUGCCCGGGAUGCCGCGUGGCAGAUGGCAGUGCAUCUCCUCAAGAGGAUGGCGAGAGCAGAGGUUCUGGCGAACGUCAUCACUUUCAUCGCUGCAGCCAAG